AUGAGUAAACAACAACCAACCUUUUUAUUUAAAUGUAUCAUUCAUAAUGUACAUUUAAGGAAUUUAGUAUUUAAACAUGUAAAGAGUAUUCAUAGACAACUAAAGAUAGAUACUGUCAAAUCAAAUGAUUUAACAACAUUGUAUGAUUACAUCAAAUAUGGUCAAACUGAUCUAUUUAUCAAGCAAUUUGAUCGUCUAUAUCAAUUCAUUCAAUCUUUGGAUCAUACUUUUUUAAAAUCAAAACAAUUUAAAAAGAUACCUAAUUUACAUAAUGAAAAAUAUUAUUUUAAAAGAUUAUAUUGGGUAUUUCAUAUAGUAUUUCAAAAGAGUAAUCAUGUAGCAUUGAAAUAUAUGAUUGAUAGACUUUGUAUUACAAAACAAGAUUUUCAAUCUUACAAGUUACACUUUGAAACCUAUCCAUUCAAAUGUACACCUGAAAUGUAUCGCGUCUUGUCUGAUGCAAACUUUACACAUGUCGUACCUUUACUCUCACAUGAAAUGAUCAAUGCAUUGAUCAAAAUUGGUGAUUGCGAACAAUUGGAAUUGUAUCUAUCAAAAUUAAAAGAGGAAUCUUUUAAAAAAAUAAUAAUAUCACCAUCAUCAAAUCAUCGUCCAUUUAGAUAUUCUUUUAGAGAUUUGAUUAAAAAUAAUCAAAAUCAAGAGAUCAUAUUCAUUAUGAAUAGAAUAUUUUUAAAAUAUGGAAUCAAUGUUUAUGGUGAAAUAUUCAUUGCGGCAUUGGAAAAUAAUCAUUUUAAUAUUAUAAAAUGGAUAGUAGAUUGUUUGGACAAAUCUAUAUUGAUAGAGAUUUUCGAUGACGAUGAUGAUGUAUUUUAUGUAUUGGAGAGGUAUGGUAAAAAGGAAAUACUAGAGCUUUUACCAUUACCUGAAACGGUACCUUUUACAGCUAGUGGUUGUGAAUCUGUAAAACAAGGUAAUCUAGAUUUCCUAUCCUAUUAUUUAAAUUGUAAACAUCAAAAAGAUCGUUAUUUGGUUGGAUUGGUAACAAUGGCUCUUAAAGAGGGUAAAUUGGAUUGUUUGGAACUCUUAUUGUCACAUAGACAUAUUUCAUUUAAUCUAAUAGAAGUUUCAAUUGAAAAGAUUCAUCAAACCAUUUUAACAGUUGAAUUGGUAAAGAGAUUGGUUGGUUUGGGUAUCACGGUUGUUCUAACAAAUGAUAUUCUUUUGGAUGCAAUUCAAAUCGGUCAACUUGAAGAGUUGAUUCAAAUGGAACAAAUUAGUAAAUUGCCAUUACAGAUUUCUCAUUUUUCUGGGCUACUAGAAAAAGCAAUUCAAAAAAAUUCUAUAUCAUCAAUCGAUAUAUUACUAUAUCAUCCACGUUUUCAACCUUUUUUAAAUGUUCAACCCAUCAGUAUUGAUAUUGGAUGUAUUAAUCAACCAAAUCAUAUAAAAACAAUUGAAUAUUUAUUCUCAAAAUCAUUUUCAAUUAAAUUUCUAAUCAAUAAUUGGGAGAAAAUGGAUCAUGUAUUGGUAUCAAAGGCAAUACGAUCAAUUUAUUCCUCAACUAUAGACAUUUUACUAAAGACUGAAUUAUUUGGUAUAUUUUUAUUGGCAAAUGAUUUGGAUUGGUUGGUAGAACAAAAUAUUCUAGUCACUAGCAAUGAUGGUCACACAACACCACAAUUAUCAUCAUCAUUUUUUCAAGAUGGAUGUAGUAUAUUGACAUUGAUUUUUGAUCAGGCUUGUGUUGGUGGUCAUUAUCAAGCAUUGGAUUUUCUUUUACGUAAUUGUUCACUUGCUCAAAUAGAUAGACACUUGUCACUUGUCAGUUUGGUCAAACUACCAGAUGACGAUCAAUUUGACAUUUUUUGGAAAAGAAUGGAAAGGUUUACAUCAAACUUGACACUUGUCACUCCUAUUAUACAUUCAAUCAUUCUUUCACCCAACAAGAAGGAUUAUAAACCUAAAAGAGCAAAAUCGAUUGUUAAUAUUUUUGGAUCAUUCCCAACAAAGUUGGCAACCAUUCAAAAAAUACAUCCUCCACCAAUCACUAGUUUUGAAGCUUAUGCUUUUCCUCAUCUCCCAACACUUUUGGAUAUUUUUUGUUGUAACCCUACUCUACCAAACGUACAAGGUUAUUCAGUACAAGAUUCUCUAUUAAUCAUUCAAAUGGCUAUUAAAAUUGGUUGUAUCCCUUCUCUUUCUUGUAUUGGUAUAAAUGAUGAUAAAAGUCAUGAUUCAAUUGUUGAUAAUAAAAAAUGUAUUUUAAUGUAG